AGAUACCUAGAAGCUUUUGUGGAGCUUAGAAGCUCGCCAAGUCAUCGUCGUCGGCUCUGCCACCAACAGAAAAGUCCUUUGCAUCAAGGUUUAUAUUAACAAAGAUAUGAUCGACGUGACACGUAGAUGGAAGUAGCACACAUGAUGGAAGCGAUUAUUAAAAAUAACAACUAUUUAAUAUUUUUCCCUUUCAAAUAUAUGUAUAUAUACACACACAUAACAUCUUUCUAUUUGACAGGUACAGUUUGAAAAGGAGGAGUCAGCAGUCAAUCUUGAUUUCCGUCCUUACUUUCCAUCCUUAUUUCUGUCUGACAGGUGAAGUCCCAUAUCUUCCAGAUACCUCUAUAAUUUGGACCGGUAAGCCAGUGCUUGCUCAUGCAGACUUCAAACAAAAAUACCAAGUAUAUGGAGCGUGCGCCAGCUAUCUGCAACGAGGCCCCUCAUGGCCUGUUCAUGUGCUCUAAACUCUACAUCGCCGCAUUCGAGGGCAGGACGGAUGAGAUCACCGGACUCCUAACGGGAAGCAGCGACGUGACGGCGGCAGAGGGAAACGGUUGGCCAUCCCCGAGAGCACGAGAAAAUGCGAUUCAUCCGGGACCCUGCUGCAGCACCCGCGAGGUUACCGCGGAGCGGAGCACGCUUCUCCACAUCGCCGCCGGUCAGGGGCACGUCGACCUCAUUGCCGAGCUCUGUCUCCGGGACAGCGCCCUCCUCUCUUUGGUCAACUCUUCUCUGGACACGCCACUGCACUGCUCGGCAAGGGCGGGGAAGGCAGACGCCGUCGAGGCCAUCAUCCGGCUGGCCCUGGAUAACGUGGAAGAGGAUAGGCUGCGGGGGUUCCUAGGCUGGAAAAACCAGGCCGGAGACACGGCGCUGCACCUUGCUGCAAGGCACGGCCACGGCGCGACGGUGGAGACGCUGAUGAACCUGGCGCCCGAGCUGGCGUCAGAAGUGAACGCUGCUGGUGUGUCACCACUCUACCUGGCGGUGAUGAGCAGGUCGGUGCGCGGCAUCGCUGCUAUUGUCUGGUACAGGGACGCGUCUGCCGCGGGACCGAUGUCGCAGAACGCGCUGCACGCUGCUGUUCUCCAGAGUUCAGAAAUGGUUUCUUUGCUAUUGCGAUGGCGACCGACACUUGCAACUGACCUUGACAGCAACAAGAGCAGCCCAUUACAUUUUGCUUCAUCUGACGGCGAUUGUUCUAUCGUCCAAGAGGUCUUAACAUAUGCACCACCCAGCACCCCGUACUUGCAGGAUAGAGAAGGCCUCUCAGCACUGCAUGCUGCAGCAUUAAUGGGCAAUGGACCUGCUGUCCGUUUGCUGCUGCAAUUCUACCCUGCUUCCGCAGACAUCCGUGAUAACAAUGGCAGAAGCUUUCUGCAUGCUGCAGCUAUGCAAGGCCACUCCUCCAUCGUUUCCCAUGUUAUAAAGAACCGAAUGCUCGAACAUCUUUUGAAUGAGCAAGACAUGCAAGGGAAUACGGCACUACAUUUGGCUGUGCAGGCAGGGGAAUACAAAGUUGUCUCUAAGCUGUUGUACAGUGGAAAAGUGCAAGCUCACAUUAUGAACAAUGCAGGCCUUACCCCAUCAGACCUUAUAGAGAAUUCAACAAGUUUCUACUCAAUGCAGGUAAGAUUACUGGUGAAGCUAUAUGUCUAUGGAGCACAAUUCAGGCCACAGAGGCAAGACCAUAUAAAGAAAUGGGCUGGUCAGGACAUUGUGAAAUGGCGAGUGGCAACAUCAAAGAAUCUCGCAAUUGUUUCCACUCUUGUGGCCACAGUUGCUUUCUCAGCAGCAUUCAACGUGCCUGGUUCAUAUGGAUCAGAUGGAAAGGCAAAUCUGAAUGGGAAUCGCAUGUAUACUGCCUUCCUUGUGCUGGACACAAUUGCCGUGACCACCGCUGUGAUGGCGACAAUACUACUUGUUUACGGGAGAGCUUCGCGGUCUCAGCGCUCUUGGUUGAGUUUCAUCGUCUCAAUGCACUUCCUUUGGUUGUCACUUCUCAGCAUGAUGCUAGGAUUCUUCACAGCUAUAGCCGCAACGAGUGAUAAGAAAUAUAUGAGGACUGCAUUGUCUAGGCUGAUCUACUCUGGGACGUACAUCUUGAUAACGGUGCUCACAAGCCUCUUCAUGCCUGGAUCGCUUAGAGGAGUUUUGCAGUUUCUGUUAGGAGGUUUCUCAGAACAACAACGGCAUGUCAAGAGGCGCAUCAAUCGGCAGUAUCCCUUUAUAGUAAUGUAUUCCUUCAACAUAAUUUUGUUAAUAGUCAUAAGUAAUAUAGCACUUGCUGCUGUUGACACAACUGGUAAUCUGAGUUGAUGUGAGGCCAUGGCAUCAAGAUAUUUUAGGUGUGAUGGUCAGCAGUGGCUUAUCUGUUUUCAAUCACGACUGUAUGGUGACUUAUCUGUUUUCAAUCAUGAGCGUAUGUAGUUUGUAGAACAAUACUCCUUUUUACCAACAAG